AUGGAUAAACCACACGAACACGACGACAAAACCACACAUAUCGAAAAAGCCACCACUAUCAAUGAAGUAGCAGACCCCGCCCUCGAUAAACGGCUCAACCGAAAAUUCGACACUCAUAUUCUCCCCUGGCUCUUCGGAAUAUGGCUCUUCUCCUUCAUCGACCGCAGCAACAUUGGCAACGCCCGCAUCGCCGGACUGACAGACAGCCUCUCCAUCACAACCGGUACCUGCUUCAACAUCGCGCUGCUCGUCUUUUACAUCCCCUACAUCCUCGUCGAUGUACCCUCGAACCUGCUCGUCAAGCGGCUGCGCGCAGGUCUGUACCUGCCCGCGCUGAUCACUGCAUGGGGUCUCGUGUGUACGAUGAUGGGUUUCGUCACCACGUUUGCGGGGCUGGUUGCGUGCAGGUUACUACUGGGGCUAUUUGAAGGCGGCAUCCUGGGCGGCGUGAUUAUCUACCUCGCCAUGUUCUACCGGCGCGGCGAGAUGCUGCUGCGCAGUGGCUUGUUCUACUGCGCUGCGCCGCUGUCUGGCGCGUUUGGCGGGCUGCUGGCGAGCGGGCUGGCGAGGAUACGCGUGGGAGGGUAUGAGCGGUGGCCGUGGAUUUUCUUCAUUGAGGGCGCUGUAACAGUCGUCUUCGGACUCGUCUGCUUCUUCUUCAUGCCCGACACCCCCGCCGCAGCGCAUUUCCUCUCUGACGCCGAAAAACAAUGGGCGUUGCGCCGCAUGCGGAUUGAUGCUGGUGGCGCCACGGAUGUAGAUGUCGACGAGGAGAAGCUGAGCUGGUACUGGGUGAAGAUGGCGCUGUUGGCGCCGCAGACAUAUCUGUCGGCGUUUAUCUGGUUCUUUCUACUCGUCCCGUUAUACAGCUUCUCCCUAUUCCUGCCUAGCAUCAUAGCAGGAAUGGGAUAUCAAAGUACAACGGCGCAGCUAUUCACCGUACCACCCAACAUGGCUGCGUUUCUCACCGUCAUCGGCACGGCCUAUGCGUCCGACAGGCUGAAGAACAGAGGGUACUUUAUCAUUGGGGGUAGUGUACUGGGCAUCUGCGGGUAUGUCAUGUUGAUUGUAGCCACGACCAACGCAGUGCGAUAUGCCGGGACGUUUUUAGUUGCGAUUGGCGUGUUCCAAGGCUCGCCUAUGCUCAUGGGAUGGGCAUCGAACAAUCUCGCGCCACACUAUGUGCGGGCGGUCGGAAUCGGGAUCAUCAUUUCCAUUGCCAAUUGUUCAGCGUUUAUCGGGACAUUCAUCUAUCUGCAACGCGAUGCGCCGCGAUAUACGCUGGGCCAUUCGAUCAGUCUCGGUGCGCUGGUGAUUACAAUUUUCCUAGCUGCAGCGCAAUGUGCGUAUCUGAGCUGGGAAAACAAAAACAGAGAGCAGAGCCAGAGGGAUGGCAGAUUGUUGCAAAGUGAUGCCGGCAGACUUGGACACAGGCACCCGAACUUCAGAUUUACGUUGUAG